UUUCUGACGUGCUCCCGCCGGUAAACCGAAGCCUGGGAGAGUUACAGGCUUGGGCAUCUGCUGAGGGCGAGGAACUGGUCGCGGCGCUGGGUGGGCUUGCAGCUGUGAUGCUUAUGUGGACACCUCAGUCUCCCUUGGUGGUGGUUCAUCUCGGUUUCCCAGUUUAUAUUACUGACGUCAACAGAUAAAUGAUUGCUGAAUAAAGAAGAGUUGGAAUUGCUUCAAGCCUCCGGACUUUUAGCACUAGUCCCACCCACUCCCUUCUACUUCCAGGUCGGGGGGCGGGUCCGAAAGAAAGGCGGAAGCCAGUGUGCCCGGCGUUCUCACGCCCGUAACAAUUUCUGAGUAGGGCGUCGCUUGAGUUUUUCGGAAAGUCUCCCAUCGUCUCCCCCGCCCCCAUCGUCUUUUUAGGAAGUCCCUUAAUGUUUGGCUUCAUUAUUCCCACAUCCCCUUCCUAACUACUUGCCUGCACUUCUGGAGAAAAAGACUGCAGAAAGGAGAGGUGGGGCUGUGAGUAGAAACAAGCAAACCGCAGGUCCCUGUUGGGGGACCCUCCAGGAAGAAGAGUAAUUUCCUGCCUUCUUGAAUUGGCUACUACAGUCAAUUAUUUUGUUCCCAACCCUAGAGCUUCAAUUGCUCCUUCACUUAGCAAUUUCCCAAGAACCCUGGGCGACAGUUAUGGAGAAGCGUCUGCAGGAGGCUCAGCUGUACAAGGAGGAAGGGAACCAGCGCUACCGGGAAGGGAAGUACCGAGAUGCUGUGAGUAGGUACCAUCGAGCUCUGCUUCAGCUGCGGGGUCUGGAUCCGAGUCUGCCCUCUCCAUUACCUAAUCUCGGACCUCAGGGCCCGGCCCUCACGCCUGAACAAGAAAACAUACUGCAUACCACCCAGACUGACUGCUACAACAAUCUAGCUGCCUGUCUCCUUCAGAUGGAGCCUGUGAACUACGAACGAGUGAGAGAAUAUAGUCAGAAAGUCCUGGAACGACAGCCUGAUAAUGCCAAGGCCUUGUAUCGGGCCGGAGUGGCCUUUUUCCAUCUGCAGGACUAUGACCAGGCCCGCCACUACCUCCUGGCUGCAGUCAAUAGGCAGCCUAAAGAUGCCAACGUCCGGCGGUACCUCCAGCUGACACAGUCAGAACUCAGCAGCUACCAUAGAAAAGAGAAGCAGCUCUACCUGGGCAUGUUUGGUUAACAAAGAAGAAAGAUGCUUCUCCAGUUGAACUUAGGUGGACCAUUAAACAUGCAUGAAGGAGAAACCUGAGCCUCAGCAAGAUAAAUUAACCCUAUACCUCUGACCCAGGUGGAUUUUUGUUUCCAGUUCUGCACAAACUUUACUACUUAGACAGUUUGAGUCUUUUUCUGUCUAUGCUGUUUAUUUCUAUAGCGUUCAAUACAUGUUAUUGUUGGGGAUAUUUGCCUUGAGAAAUAUAAUCAGAAAAUAUUCAUCAGCUGUGGGUGGAAUUAAUCGUAUCUCUGGCAUAGAUUUUUCAUGACAGUGUUGUUAAAUGUACUUAUAUACAGAGGCGAUGGCUUGCAGAGGAUGACAUAGUAAGGAUAGGCAGAAAGAAGUGUCUUCCUUUAUUUUUUCAGAAGCCCAAAGCAAAAUGGGAAAUAUGGCCGGGCACUGUGGCUCAUGCCUGUAAUCCCAGCACAUUGGGAGGCCGAGGCAGGCAAAUCACGAGGUCAGGAGAUGGAGAACAUCCUAGCUAACACGGUGAAACCCCAUCUCUACUAAAAAUACAAAAAAUUAGCCGGGCAUGGUGGCGGGCGCCUGUAGUCCCAGCUACUCAGGAGGCUGAGGCAGGAGAAUGGCAUGAACCCAGGAGGCGGAGCUUGCAGUGAGCCGAGAUCGCACCAUUGCACUCCAGCCUGAGUGACAGAGCAAGACUCCGUCUCAAAAAAAAAAAAAAAA